CUUUUCUCAGGACCUCUUCUGCUUGCUGCCCGCCACCAGUAUGCCGCUUGUAACGCUAUAUCACAACCGCAAGUUCACGAGCGACGACCAGAUCAAGACAUUUGUGUCUGAGCUGUCCAAGGUCUGCGCAAAGACGAUCGGCAAGGAUGAGUCCCUCUUCAACGUCAACGUGAUCUAUAACCCGUACAUCAUCUUUGGGGGCAAGACGGACGAACCGGCGUUCAUGUUGAACAUCUUGAGCAUCGGGACCAACAGCGUACCCAAUGCUGACACGCCCAAAUGGACCGCUGACAUUAGCAAGUUCCUCGAGGAGAAGCUUGGGAUUGGCAGCGACCGAGGCUACAUCUCGUUCAGAGACCCGGGCGCCGACUAUAUCGGGUUCGGUGGAGACACCAUCACGAACAACAGGCUCAAGGCAUCCAAGUGAGAGCCAACGAUAGGCGAUCGUGUAUAGAGCAGAGCUGAAGUCGAUCUAGGAUGUGAUAAGGACAUCUGUGUGAUACCAUGAAGCUGACUGUAGCCCAUGUAUUAACGUAACUAUUCCCCAGCCCGAUCAUGAACGCAGCCAUAAUCUCUGUCUUGCAUCGGUCUUCAAUUAAGUCGUGUAAAGUGAAUAGGGGCCAUAUGCAUCCACUUCCGUCCAAACCUUGCCUUAUUUCUGAUAAUUUAUUCUAGCUACAUAUUACUGAGGCAUCUCCUGAUUUUUGUCCUUGAUUAUAGCGAGUAUUUGUUCGUUCCAGGUAGAUGAUGUGGUUAGUAUGAAAAACAUCGCAUAUAUGUAUUUUCUC